AUGUACAUGCUCCCGGCCCGCCACCCACUCUCCAAGAUUCCCCUUCACCUCGCCAUGAAUUCCCUCGCCCUCGCCCUAGUCGCCCCGGCGACCCCCUUCACCAACCUUACCGCGCGUGGCCUCGCCUCCCGCGCGCUGCGCACACGCAGUCGCUUCGUGCAAGGCCAUCGCCAGCCCGCCACGUCGGCCUCGCCGUCGCGACGGACCCGCACCGGCGCAGCUGCGACGCAAGCCGUCGAGACCAAGCCACGGCCGCGCGCCGUCCGCGCACGUCUCGAGCGCGCAGAGCGGCUUCUGCGCGAGGUCCGUGACCAACGCACGCCCAACCUACCGUAUCCGGCACCUCUGGCUUCCAAUGUACCAGCUUCAGCAGCGGACUUGGCACGCAUUGAGGAACAGGCUGCAAGAGCCGCUAAGAGCGCCGAUGAGGGACCCAGAUAUGAUCCCGCGUCAGCUGUGGCCUACUUUAAGAAUCGCUCGUUUUAUGUGCGGAAGAGACAACUCCAAAUUGCUGUGCCGCUCACGGCUUUUGUUUCGAGAGUUGUUAUAGACGUUCAAUUGGGGAGGGAAGAGCGAAAUCGACAGAAGCGCGCCGAAGAAUUCCUGCAAAUUGUCAGUUCUCUUGGUCCUGCGAUAAUUAAGGGUGGCCAGGCUGUUGCUAGCAGACCCGAUUUAUUACCAAAAGAAUAUCUUGAUGAGUUGCAGAAGCUGCAAGACCGGCUCCCUCCAUUUGAAAACGAAAUUGCCUUCCAAUUGAUAGAGGAAGAAUUGGGUCAGGGCGUUAACGAAAUUUUUGAAAGCAUCGAUCCCACACCCGUGGCUGCGGCUUCGAUCGGUCAGGUUUACAGUGCAACAUUGAAAAGCACUGGUGAGCGCGUCGCCGUUAAAGUCCAACGGCCAGAUUGCGAGCAAAUCAUUGCUCUGGACAUUUAUAUUCUCAGGAAUCUGAGUGGCACUCUUAACAGUUUGCUGAAGCUAACAGGGCGCGAUAUUGACUUGCAGAGUAUCAUUGAGGAGUUUGGAAAGCUCAUAUACGAGGAGAUUGACUAUUUAUCGGAGGCCAGGAAUGCGGAGAGGUUUCUCGAAUUGUAUGGCGACUUGCCCGGCGUUGAUGUUCCCAAAAUCUAUUGGAGGUAUACGAAGAGACGUGUUAUCACCAUGCAGUGGAUGGAAGGCUCCAGACUGACCAGCGAUACUCUAACGAAGGGUCGGUCGGAGGAGCUAGUGCGGGCCAUGGUGCAGUGUUCCUUGCGGCAAAUGUUGGAGAACGGAUAUUUUCAUGCAGAUACGCAUCUCGGUAACUUGCUUGCGAUGUCGGACGGGAGUUUGUGUUAUCUCGACUUUGGAAUGAUGUCUGAGGUUGAGCCGUCGCAGAGGUACGGUAUCAUUGAGGCAGUUGUUCACAUGGUCAACCGCGACUUCGAAGCCCUGGCGAAUUUGUAUGUCCGUUUGGGCUUCUUGCCGCCAGAAACCAAUCUGGAACCUAUUAUUGAAGCCCUUAACGACGCUUUGCCUGACGUCCUUGGUGCGUCCGUCGGAGAACUGAAUUUCAAGUCUGUCAUUGACAAGCUUGGGUCCGUCAUGUAUCAAUAUCCAUUCAGCUUGCCCCCCUACUACACAGCAAUUAUUCGUUGUCUCGGCGUUUUGGAAGGUGUUGCCAUUCAGGUUGACCCCAACUUCAAGAUUUUGAAUGAGUCGUAUCCGUACAUCGCGUCCCGUUUGCUCACAGACCCAGCCCCCGAACUACAAGCCGCUCUGCAGUGCCUUCUGUUUGACGAAGGGCGACCGAGGUGGAAUCGGUUAGAAAGCCUUUUAGACUCUGCGUCCAGUGCGGGAGACUACGAUGUCUCGCUCGCAGCGGAGCAACUGAUGACGUUUUUGUUGUCCCCUCGAGGCAAAAUCGCACGAUACAGCCUUGCAGAUGAGCUUACCGCGGAACUGGACAGCCUUGGCCUUGACCUGGCGACAUACUACACAAGUAUGUUCGCUCAGACAGGGAAGGCAGCAGGAAUACGUCUGCCCACCAUGUUGAACAGCCUCCCACCCCCGACCAAGACCAGGUCUAUGAACAACCUUGAACGGCUGACGGAGAUUUUGAGCAAGAGCAGAGGGUUCAGCCCCUCAAAAAUGUCGCCGCUUUUGCGGAGAGUUCUCAGGGAACCUGAGAGUCAGCGCAUCGGAUUGGAAGUGGCAGUUUCUCUUGCUGAGCGGGUAACGUCUCGCGCCAUUAGACUAGCCUUCGGUCUUCCUCAGGAGGAACCACGGAACAGAGCGACUCCAUUAUAGUGCAACACUGCUUGAGAAUUCGCUACGACCGACCAGUAAACCUGCUACAGUGUGUGU